AAAAACACCAUGUCGAUAUUUCCAGGAAAAACCUUAAAGGCUAUUGCCAAAGAACUUAAUGAGUUAACUCAAACACCACCCGAAGAUAUUCAAGUGAUUCCCGCUGAAGCUAACUUGGCUAUGAUUAGUGCUUGGAUACGUGGACCAGACGGAACACCUUAUGAAGGAGGUUACUUUAAAGUGACAUUGGAACUUGGUACCGAUUACCCUACUACACCACCCAAGGGUUUUUUUAAAACAAAGAUCUUUCACCCCAACGUUUCCAGCUCUGGAGAAAUUUGUGUGAAUACAUUGAAAAAGGACUGGAAACCCGAACUUGGCAUUAAGGACAUUUUGCUGACAAUUAAAUGCUUACUUAUUGCACCUAACGCAGAAUCAGCUUUAAAUGAAGACGCUGGUAAAUUAUUACUUGACGACUACGACGAUUAUGCAAAACGAGCACGUUUAUACACGGGGAUUCAAGCACAAGGAGGUAAAUCAGAAUAUUUACAAUUGGGAUCCAAAGAGAACAAUACACCGUUUAUUUCUAAACGCAAGCGAGAAGACGAGGAGAGUUCAAGUACCACAACAACAAAACCCGUAGUCACUGUCAAGAAGAAGAAGGCAUUAAGGAGACUUUAG